AUCCACAGGCUGAUGUUAUCUUGUGGAAAUAUAUGCAGGAUGGCUGUGUUUAUCUGACUUUUCAUCUAUAAACAAGGGUUUUUUUUUUUUACCGAAGCUAUCAAAAGAACCAUUCUUUAUUACAGAAUACAAUAUUUACUACCUUACGGACCCCAGAGUGAAUGUACAAUGCGGAGUGCAGGUCUAGUUUAGAGAGGUAGUGAUGCCUAAGGCUGUGAACAUACAUCUGUCCCUUUUUACCAUUAUUGUGACAGUGUUAGAAGAUUUUAAAUAAAAAAAUAACAAAUAUUUCUUAAUACAUGGGACUUUUUACACUACCUGGCUUGACAAGGGAAACAUUAAAUGAAUGCCAUGGCAGCUUCCCCUUACGCGUCCACAGAGGAGACGACAAAUGCCUGCAGAGCCUGUCGACUUCUCCUGGGUCCAUGUACAGAUCAAAUGAGGGAUGUUUUAGUUCACCAUAUACCUCUGUCAGCUUUCACACACGUCAUCAAACAAAAAAGAAGUCAUCUUCCGCGUCUCACAGCUCCACAACUAAAUUUAAUAUUACCUAGAGGCAGUACCUAUAUUGGAAACUACAAUGAUAUGGACAUUCCUUUAUUGUACAUAUUACUCAGAAACAUUUGUAGCAUAUCAGCACACAGCAAUGGCUGGGGAAAUGAUCCUGAUCCUACAGACCGAUCUCUCUCUGCCAACAUUGAGAGGAUUCGUAUUGCAAGAAAUCAGUGUGUUCAUUCUUCUAGUCCAGUCCUCUCUAAUGCUGUAUUCAACACCAUCUGGUCUACUGUUAGAUCAGCUGUUGUAGACAUUGAUUCUUUUUUAAACAACGGUAAUCAGUACGAAAGAGAGGUUGACUUUUUGAGACAUGAGACAAUGGACCCUGUCCGUGACCUUCAUUUCAUUGAAGAACUGAGAAAACAGGCUGAAAAGGAUGAGGAAACUAAGAAAAUUGUUCAUGGCCUUAAGCGUAAAGUGGAAGAAAUUGAUUCAGAUCAAAUUGAGAAUAGAAAUAAAAUGCUGAAAAUUGAUGAUGAAGUAUCAAAGCUGAAAUAUGCUGUUAUUCCUUUAAAUGUGAAAGCUAUUCAUGAGAACGAUGUCUUACACUGGAAAAAAGAUGAUCAAGUUUUCCAUGAAUCUCACAAUUUCCCUGCUAUGCUAGAAAAGGUGAAAACAAAUUCUCAUGUGACGUUUGUUGGUGUUCCUGGAUCCGGGAAAACAGCAACAGCUCGUCACAUCGCCCUGAUGUUACAACAGGAAGGAUAUGAGAUUGUACCAAUCAAAGAUAUCAGGAAGAUAGAGGAUUACUGUGAUCCUAACAAUCCACAGGUUUUUGUUAUUGAUGAUGUGGUAGGUGUCUUUGGACUUCAAGAAAUAAAAUUGACCAUUUUGUCUGAUUACAAAGAAAAAGUUGUGACACCUAUCAUCCCAAAUACAAAAACUCUUAUGACAUGUAGAGAAGCAGUGUAUAGAAAAGCAGUUGAGUCAGGUUCAUUUUUUACAGAGGAAAGCAAUGUUAUUCUGUUACAUAGCAACGCUUAUGCAUUAACUAAUACUGACAAACAAAAUAUUCUGAAAAUGUUCAACAUAGAUAUAAAUCUUAUGUCUCCUGAAAACCUGACAUCAGCAUCAAAAAUGUUUCCUUAUCUGUGCAAACUGUUUUCAAUGGAUAAGAAAUUUCAGUUGUAUGGGUCUUUAUUUUUUGAAAAUCCAGUUCCUUGCAUUUUGAAGGAACUAGACGAAAUGAAAAAACAGAACAAAAUACAUUAUGUAUCCUUGGUUUUAUGCAUGCUGAAUAAAAACCAAAUACCAGAAAAAAUCCAAGGAAAAGAAGGAAAAAAGGAAAAUAUUAUUAAAAACUUCAAUGAAUUAAAACAGAGUGUUUUAUGGAAAUGCAAAGUCAGCAGUCACACUGAUAAUUUUGAAUUCGUUGAUGCUUUGUCAGAAAUGGAAGGGACAUACACAAAAAUUAGUGGUACUGUAUAUAGCUUUGUUCAUGAUUCCAUGUUCGAAAUUGUUGCCUAUCAUUUUGGUUCUCAGUUUCCAGAUCUCAUUUUACAGUUUAUGAGUAGUAGUUAUAUUGCUAACUCUGUGAAACCUGAUAUCCUUCAAAAGCAAAAGUUAGACAAUGGAAAUAGACAAAGUGGUGAGAAUUUUACGAUUAGUAGUGAAAUCAGACAAGAGGAAGGUAAUAUUACAGUCAGUGGUGAAAGUAAACUAGUUAGCGGAGAAAGCAGUGAUGGCAUGGAUUUAUUUGAUCUCUGUAUAUGGUUAAAGGAGGAUCAUUAUUCUAUGUUUGCUGAACGUUUGUACAGAGAUAUAGAAAGUAUGGAACUGCAUGAUGUCUUCAUGAAUGAUAGUCUAAAACAUCCAAAAGUGUGUCAGGCCUUUAUUCAGGUCCUGAUGACUAAAUCCUACAACGAAAUUAAGUCUUUAUUUCUGUCAGAGCAUAAAGACGUGUCUGAGAUAGAAAGUAAAGGAGUACGGUUGGUCAAUGAGAGGAAGGAUAUAAGUAAACAGAAAGUGCUGCUGAAUUACAAAUGGAGACUAGAGCAUACAUUCAGUGUAAGGGUUAUCAGUUGGGUUGUUUUCUAUGGACACAAUCAGAUUCUACAGUAUAUUGUUGAUCAAACUGAGUUACACAAAGAAACACAGUCAAAAUUAUUUCAAACGUGUUUAAAAAAUGAAGUGAGCUCUUCCUCGAAACAGAGGAGAAAGAACGUCACUGCAAAUAAAGAAAUAGACAGAUAUAGAACAGAUUGGAAAAAAACUGAAACUUCUGAAGAACACCGCUUUCUUGUACUUAGUUGUUACAGCGGUGAUUUAGAGACAGUUCGAAAAAUGCUGAAAUGUGUCACUAGAAAUGCAAUCAAUGAGGCAUUGCCAAAAGUAGAGGAGGAUGAUGAUGAUGAUGAUGAUGAUGAUGAUGAUGAUGAUGAUGAUGAUAAUACUGUCAAUAUUUUGUGGUUUGAUACACCACUGAGAGCAGCUUGUGAAGGUGGACAUUUAGAUAUAGUAAAAGAACUGAUAAAGGCUGGAGCUGAUGUCGAUCUAUUAGGUUAUAAAGAUACACCACUUACAGCAGCAUGUUCAAAUGGACAUAUAAAUGUAGUGAAGGAGUUGCUAAAGGCGGGGGCAAAUGUUAAUCUACGUGUUAAACAUGAUUUGCAUUUGUUGGACACACCCCUGACGUCUGCAUGUGAAUCUGGACAUAUAAAUGUAGUAAAAGAAUUGAUAAAAGGAGGGGCUAAUGUCAAUCUGGUAGGUGCAUUAUCCCUGCCAAUUACAAAAGCAAGUGUAAAUGGGCAUUUGAAUGUAGUAAUGGAGCUGAUAAAAGAGGGAGCAAUUGUUAAUACACGCUACUAUGAAAAUCCACUUUAUGGUGCAUGUAGGUGUGGUCAUACAAAAAUAGCGAAGCAAUUACUACGGGCUGGAGCUAUUGUUAAUCAACAAGGUGUAUUACAGACACCACUGACAAUAGCAUGUGCGCGUGGAUAUACGAGCACAGUGAAGGAGCUGAUUAAGGCAGGGGCUGAUGUAAAUCUGCGGAGUGAGUUUACUACACCAUUGACAGCAGCAUGUACGGGUGGAUAUAUGAGUAUUGUGAAGGAACUACUAUAUGCUGGGGCUUAUGUAAAUAUACAAGGUGAUUCUAAUACACCACUAACAGCAGCAUGUGAGGGUGGAUAUAUGAGUAUUGUGAAGGAACUACUAAAUGUUUGGGCUUGUGUAAAUCUACAAGGUGAAUAUCAUACACCACUAACAGCAGCAUGUGAGGGUGGUUACAUACAGAUUGUGAAGGAGCUGAUGAAGGCAGGUGCUGAUGUUAAUCGACAAGGAAAGUAUGGCACACCACUAAUAAAUGCUUGCAGUGGUGGACAUAUAAAUGUUGUCAAAGAGCUGCUAGAGGCGGGUAGUGAUGUCAAUAUACAAAGAAUGAGUGAU